AUGCAAGUGCCAUUGAAUACUGACACAUUACAAUUGCAGCAUCAUUGCAGGAAGUGUGGACUCAUCUUUUGCGAUCCUUGCUCAAACAACUACUCUGUGUUGCCAGCAGAACUAGGCUACACAGGUCCACAACGUCUAUGUCGUUCAUGUCACUCAUUCUUUGAACAAAAGAGGCAGUUCUAUGACAAUGACGCAUUCGUUGCACAGAUGCAGUUGAGAUCAACUGCCAACUUUGAAUAUGUUAGACCUAUCAAUGAUAUUGGUCAUAUCAAACAUGGUCUGAGGAAGUCUUACAUUCUAUCUCGUGCCUCUGGCAACGAUGUCCUCAUCUCAGUGAUCACGCCAACCUCUUGUCCAUGGCCAAUGUACUCUGAGAAGCACAAGAAGAAGUUUGUCAAGAUUGUCCAGCUCCUGAAGCAUCCAUAUAUAUGCCCAUUGGUCAACAUUGAGAUUGCUGGCUCCAAUGACAAGGUAUUCACAUUCAGAAUGUGUAGCUCCAAGGGCAGUCUCAAGGAUGUCAUCUACAAGGCCAAGCCACUCAACAACUACGAUUCGAAAUAUAGCUACACUCUGAAGAAGUCAUACUCGUCGGGCGUCGCGUCAAAGUCCUUCCCAAAGUAUGGCCGACAAAUACUCGAGGCGAUGACAUUCCUCAAACAAAAGGGCAUCGCAUUCACUCAUCUGCACUCUGGCAACGUCAUUAUGAACAAUGACACAUGCUAUCUGACCGAUAUUGAGAACACACUGUUGGGCCUGAAGCCCCUCUACCACGACAUGAUCCAGGGCAAGGAGAACCCCGAGGUGCUCUGCUUUGGCUUUGUGAUGUUUGAGAGCAUCGUUGGCGUGCCCAUGCAAGAUCUCCAGCUGAGCAUGUUUGCGUCAGUCAUCCCAGACAGCGCGAUGGAGGUGCUCAAGCUCAUCUUCCCCGAACAACCAAAGACAACAACAUCAACAACGACAACUGAUCAAACAACAACAUCAACAACAAAGACAAUAUCAUUGGAGGAGCUUAUCAAACAUCAAUACUUUGCACAGGUGAAGGUUGCGGAAGCAGCGCCAGAGGUCAAGCUGAAGAAGUCACAGGCAGCGUUUGUGAAGGACAAUGCCAAUCGAUUGGAGGCAAUGUUGUCACCACGAGCUACGAUGCUCAAGAAGCAGACAUCGUCGACAUCGAUGCUCGAAUCGCAUCAGACGCCACCGACAAGGCCCGCAGCUUCAACAUCCUCCACAAAUCUUUUGAAGUCAAUGUCCAAGCAACCAUCCUCGCCAGAUCUGACCUCUAGUCAGGCCAAUGGCGGCAGUAGCGGCAACCUCAACAGCAUCACCAACAACAACAGCAGAGGUACAUUGACAUCACCCAUUGUCACUCCGCCCACUCCUCCACCUGCUCCGCCUCCCGCACCACCUGGUCCACCACCUCCACCUGGUCCACCUCCUCCUCCAGCAAUCAAAGGAGCACCCAAAGUAGAGGGUAGGGGAGCAUUGUUGGACAGCAUUAGGAAUCCAAACAAUCUCAAGAACCUCAAGAAGGCACCAGCAGCAACAAAGUCUAAAGGUCCAGUUAAGUCCAAGAAAUAA